AUGAAGUCCACCUUCGUCUCCGCGAUCGUGCUGCUUGCCGGCCAAGCCGCGGCUCAUAUGGCCAUCACUUACCCGCCGCCUCUGCGAUCCAAGCAGAACCCCUUCGCCGGCCAGGACAUUGACUACAGCAUCACCAGCCCUCUGAGCGCUUCUGGCAGCGACUUCCCCUGCAAGGGCACCUUGAACCUCCUCGGAACCGCUGCAGCCUCUCCCGUCGCUACCUGGCAGGCCGGCCAGCAGUACAACAUGACCAUCGCCGGCGGUGCCAACCACAACGGCGGUAGUUGCCAGGCUUCCCUCUCCUUCGACAGUGGCAAGACCUUCACCGUCAUCCACAGCUACAUCGGUAACUGUCCUGUCGCAGGCACCUCGUCUCUCACCUUCACCUUGCCUGCCGACACCCCCUCUGCCAAGGACGCCCUCUUCGCCUGGACUUGGUUCAACAAUGUCGGUAACCGAGAGUUCUACAUGAACUGCGCGGUCAUCACCACCACCGGCGGAGGCGGCAGCGCUUCCACUCCCUUCGCCAGCCGUCCUCAGAUCUUCAAGGCCAACAUCGCCAACGGCUGCAGCACUGUCGAGGGAUCUGACGUUCUGUUCCCCAACCCCGGCCCUCCUGGAGACGUCACCAACGCCGGCACCAAGACCGCUGCCCCCGUCGGCACCUGUGACGUCGCAGUCGGUGGUGGCAGCUCUGGAGGUGGUAGCAGCAGCUCUCCCAGCAGUUCUGCCAACGCUGUCGCUCCUGCCCCGUCCGCUCCGGCCGCUUCUCAAGUCUCUCAGCCGAGCUCCCAUAAAUCUCACCCAUGUCUCACCCAUGUCACUGUGAUUAUGCUGACUCCCAUUAGCCCUGGCGGCGUCUUCCUCACUGUCCCGGCCUCUAGCAACUCUGCCGUUGCCUCUGCCCGACCGACCACACUCGCGACCGUCAGCAUUCCGGCUUCACCCAGCGAAGAGUGCACUGAAGGAUCUGCGGCACCCACCGCCAUGCCUGCUCCCACUUCGGCAGUCGUUCCCUCAGCCGCCCCCUCGGCUGCCCCCUCUGCCGCUCCAUCCGCAGCUCCUUCGCCUGGCGCCGGAUCUGGUGAUGCUGCUGACGGCUCCAUGACCCCCGGCAAGGCCUGCACCCCCGAGGGCCAGUGGAACUGCGUCUCCGGCACUCAUUUCCAGCGCUGUGCCUCUGGACAGUGGUCGGUGCUCAUGAGUAUGGCUCCUGGCACCAAAUGCCAGUCUGGCACAACCGAGGUCCUGGUCUGGCAGAAGAAGAGAGCCCACGGUCGCCGCUCCCUCCGCGCUAGACACCACAUCUAA